UAGCAACAAACAUUAGCGAGUUAGCAACGCGACCUAGCCACUCUCGUGCGCUACGUUGCUAGCUCGCAGCAGCCAGGGCUUGCGGGUGGGUGGUGAUGAAGAAUUUUCAUUUUGGCGAAUGACACUAGUAGUAAUCUAACAUCGACGCUGACCUGACUGCAUUGCAUUUAGAAGGCUUUGCUCAUCUUUGUGCAUUUUUAGUAGUCAUUUGCAAGACGACAAUCAGGAGGAGCAUAGUUUUUUUUUUCCUGCUGAAAAGGAACCUAGUCUUUUGGGCGUAAAGAGUGACUUUCUUCUCAAGACAGUUCAUCUGAUGUGGUUCAACACACAAACGUUAUUCCAGGGAUUUUAUGUGUAUGUGUCACACGGGUGAAUAAGUGCUCCAUCGACGUCAAAGUGACACGAGCAGCUGGGGCGGCGUAACCAUGCUGGAGGAGGAUAUGGAAGUGGCCAUCAAGGUGGUUGUGGUGGGCAACGGUGCUGUGGGAAAGUCCAGCAUGAUCCAGCGCUACUGCAAGGGUGUUUUCACCAAGGACUACAAAAAGACCAUCGGAGUAGACUUCCUGGAAAGGCAGAUCAUGGCUAAUGACGAAGACGUUCGCCUUAUGCUAUGGGACACGGCUGGGCAGGAGGAAUUUGACGCCAUCACUAAGGCGUACUACCGUGGCGCCCAAGCGUGCGUGCUGGUGUUCUCUACCACAGACAGAGAUUCAUUUCUGGCUAUUGACAAUUGGAAGGAGAAGAUUGAAGGAGAGGUGGGAGAUAUUCCCGCAGUUCUUGUGCAGAAUAAAAUUGACCUCCUGGAAGAAACGGUUAUUAAAAACGAGGAAGCGGAGGCCUUGGCCAAGAGGCUUAAAUUGAGAUUUUACCGAGUUUCAGUAAAAGAAGAUUUGAAUGUCACAGAGGUGUUUAAAUACUUAGCUGAGAAGUAUCUUCAACAACUCAAACAGCAAACAGCGGAGGAGACUGAGGCGGUACACUCGACCAGCAAUAAAAUAGGAGUUUUUAAUACCACAAGUAGUAAUCCAAGCAACCAGAGCUCCAGCAACGGCAGAGAAGUCAUCACACUACGACCAAACAAACAAAGGACCAAGAAGAGUAAAAACCCAUUCGGCAGCUGCAGCCUCCUCUAGACAAACAGCAUUUUUCGUUUGUUUGUUUGUUUGUGUGUGUGUUCGUUUUUUGUGCUGACCAUCCACUGGUAGCCUCAGAUAGAAACCAAAGUGCAAAGAUGGGAAAUCACCUCGCUACACUAACCUCACAUUUAAUCUCCUUACUAAAUUUUCCUCCCUUAUUGAUGGAUGAAUUUCAUCUCCAUUAUCUUGCACAAUGGCUCCACUUUUGCUGUUCACAGAUAAUCCCUCAUGUCUUCUGCCGCAGAGAUUUCUUUUGGGGAUGCAGGAAAAAGAUCAUCAUUCUAUUUUCACACAAUUUUCCCAGACCACAAAAAACACUUCUUCAGAGAUUUUUUUUUUUACAUUUAUGUGAAAAAUUUGUCAGAUUGAUACUGUUUUCCCAAUGACAUCAUAUGAUCCCCUGAAUAGAAUAAAUUGUGAAUAAUUUUGCUCCUGCAGAUUUCAGCUGCACAUCUUUGUAUGUAUUAUAGAAGACAAGCCGAGUAUUUUAUCCCUAUCACUACGGUUUGGUUUAUCUGUAUUAAAUUCAGCGACCGGUCAAAUGUAUUUUUAUACAAAUCAAAAAAGUGUUGAGUGAUAAUUUGAAGUGUUAACGGCUUCCUGGUGCCAAUUAUGUCCUGUCUUAAUGCAGCAGAGGUUUGAAUGUAACCUUCAAAUAAUCUGUCACGCUAACGUAUAUCCCAAAAUGAAUAUGUGUGUCCACUCAUCAAUUUAUUUACUAAAUUCUAGCCCUCUGAGAUUUAACAGGAGGCCGACACACUUGAGUUCUUCAAGUUACACUCGUCUAUCGGACGUUGUUUUUAUAUGUUUAUUUUUGUAUGACUUUAAGUAACUCAUUACUUUGUGAGUCAUCAAUGUUGUCAACUUGCCUAGCAGAUAUCAAGCACAUUUUGAUUUUUAUCUAAUAUAUUGUUUGGGUGUUCCGUGUUACCAUGCUGCUUUUAAUUUGAACAAAUUAAUAAUUAAGGGAAAAUAAAUUAAUAAAUAUCAGGUCUAUAAUGUUGCUUUUAGAAUGCUUGGUGUGCUGGAAUAUCCAACAAAAUUUCAAAUCCUUUUAAAAGAAAUGCCUAUUCUGCGCUAAGCCAUUUGAAAGGUCUGGUCUAAGAAGCACAAACAAAAUCUUGUAGGAAAGUCUCCUGUUAAAUAUCGUAAUGUGAAAUCAUCUUUAAACUUCUUAAUUCUAUUUAAAUGAAUAUUGGCCAAUGACACAUGCAUGCACAUUGUUUUUGUUCUUUGGGAACUGAUUCUUUCGCAUGUAUGGUGGUAUUUAACAUUCAAAUAUUAGUACUGGAAGCAAAGAAAAGUGGCGUACUGUAAUUGUGUUGCAUGCAGAAGCCUUUUGUGAGCGCUCAGUGAAUGUUCCAAUUUGGUUGCAAAGCCACAAUGCCUUAACCAUGUUUACAUUGUUGUCCAUUGACCUCAAGGAAAAUAUUUUUGUCCCCUGAAAAUGGCCCGCACAUCACAUUUGUAUAUGAUCAAUUCUUUGCCUUUUUUUUUUUUCUUAACCAAAUGGACUUCACGCACUUUAUCAUUAAAAUGGCAGAAUUGGAGAAACCAAGAAUCGGGAAUUAAAAUGACUCAUAGUUAUGUGCUGUCACUCAGGUGUUGUAUGAAUGUAUGUGCUGCUUUCUUAAUUUUUUUUUUAUUCCAUCAACCACAUUAUCUCAUUAGAAAAAAAAUAGUUUAUGUCUCUGACAAAUAUGAAUCAUUGUUUCAUUUUUAGUUCUAACAAAUGUAACAUGAAAUGUGCCACGCAGUUGCGCUCCAGCUGUCAUGGUCUAGAGGGGAGAGGUGAAAUAAAUGAAUCUUAACUUUG